AUGAUGAACAUGAACAAUAUGCAGACUAUGGUCCAACAGAAUAACCUUGGGAUUCCACAACAGCACCCAGCACAGCAACAGCAACAACAACAACAAGGGUCCUUCCCGCGCAAUCCUCAGUUCAACGAGCACCAGCAGCACCAGCAGCAACAGCAACCUCAGCAACAGAGACUUCCCAAUGGCAGCAAUGGCAUGACAAACCCACUGCAGUUGACCCAUCAACAGCAUAUGAUACAACAGCAGAUACAAUCACAGCAGCGCCAGCAACAGUUGCAACAACUGCAAUUACAACAACUGCAACAGCAGGCACAACAGAAACAGCACCCUGGACAACAACAAAUCAAGCAAGAGAAUUCUAGACCCGGGAUGCAGAGAGGAGUAUCCAUGCAACUGCAGCAACUGCUACAAACACAACAACAGGCACAACAGCAACAGGCACAGUUCAAGAAUGGGACUGCUGGGACCAAGAAUGGUGUCACUGUGAACGUGAACGCGAAACAAUUUAAUCCUAAUGUGAUGAUGACGACGCCGACAUCGAUGGUUCCUGGUGGAGGAGGUCCGAAUUCAAGGGGUAACUCUCAGGGCCACACUCCUCAAAUGGGCAACCAACCUCAACCACAGCUUCAACCUGGUCAACAACAGAUCUUCCAAAUACAACCUCAAACGCAGCCAAUUCCUUUGAAUGGUGCUGGACCUGCGAAUAUUACGCCGAUUAUGCCCCAACAGCAACAACCAACACCCCAGAGUCAACCUAGAGCAGGUCCUGCUCAAAAGAGUAUACCGAUGUCAGUUCCUGCGGGAGAUUCUCCUCAUUUGAAGAACAACGGUAACCCUAUGGUGCCAAAUGGUAUCAACGGAAAUGUAAAUGGACAUCCUUCUUCAGCACCUACUCCUUCAGCGGGCGCAUCAAGUAAUGCAGCUGGUACACCAGGCAAGACAAAUCAAAUUCCCCCUCUUACUCCUCAGCAGCAACAGCAGCAGCAACUACAGCUACAACAGCAGCAAUUACAGCAGCAGCAACAACAACAGCAUGAACUUCAAAACGAGUUGAAUGCCAAAAUCUUCAAGAAGAAUCUUGGAAAUACUGGUAUUGUACGUGUUUUAGACAUGAUUGACCAAAUUUCCAAUGAAUCUUUGCAGAUAUUAUCAACCAUUGAGUACUGGCAAAGGCUUACUGCAGCAUUCCUUACUCCUAAUGCAAUUCUUCGAUUUACAAACUCGGUAGCCAACUCCUUUCCUCCCUUGAACAAUCCAAAUGUUGCAGAUAUCAAUAAGACCGGGCACAACAGGCAAUUUGAAUUAAAUCCAGUGACUGCUGCAAGGUUUUUUCUUGCUUGUGUUUUAGCCCAAGACUUAGAAAAAUUUCAUGUUAGUUUACCAGGAAUCAAGUUUCAAAUCUUAAACAAUGGAUCCAUUUUUAUUGCCAGUAAGUUAACUAUCCAAUCUACAUAUGCGGACGAUUCUUCUGCUACUAUCUCAGGAUCAAUGAAACUAUUGAUGAAUAGAGAUUUUAGAAUUGAGUGGGUAGAUAUAAACUGUUUGCAAUAUCAGCCCAGCAUAAAGAUGUCGGGGAUCGAGAAGAAUUGGAACUCCUUCUUAGGAGGAAGAGACUCUAGUAAGUUUCCAUUGAGUGGAGACAGCCAAAGAGAAUUUUUCAAACAUAUAUAUGAUAAUUCGUUAGCAUUUUCAAACGGAUUUAAUUCUGGAUUGGAUGAGUCUUCGAUGAGAGUGUUAAACGUCGGUGAUGUCAUGACACAUCUCAAGUCGUUGAUGAUAUUUUCGAUCUCGAACAACUUGAAUUCCCCGGUGAAGGCAAUGGAGCAUUAUAUGACAUCCAACUUUGGCCAACAGCGACAAUUAUUACUUCAACAACAGCAAAAGCAACAGAUGCAACAUCUUCAAAUUCAGCAACAGCAGCAUGAGCUUCAACAACAGCAACACCAGCAGCAACUACUUCAAGAACCGCAACCUGCUGCUCCCAACUGGAUCAAAAACGGAGUUAUUGGAGGCACCAGUUCCUCUCCAUCUCCAUCAACAACAGAACUUUCGGACGUUAAGGCUGCAGGCUCGGGCCCUAAAAAACGAAAGGUAAGUGUAUCUGCCAAUGGAGGAGCUACUUCUACCGUCAAGGCAAAUGGUAACAAAGGACAAAGAAGAAAGUAG